CAGCUUUGUUGAGGUCAAUACGGCUCGAUCAGUGGAGCUUCACUCGUCGAAACAGCAUGUUCGCUAUUGGGCAGACCACAAGUAAAGAUGAUGGCGACGUCUUUGCACGAGACAUGGUCGUUCACAUAGCGAUCCAAGAGUCUUUCCCUAUCACGUCCGACAUCUACGAACAACUAUUUGAUAGUAUACUUGCCAGCGAGCUCUUUGUCGAGUGGCUACAGUGUAAAGACCAUUGGCAACUCCAUGUUGUUGGCGGGCCGGGGGCCGGAAAGACAACGUUCGCAGCACUAGUAGCCAAACGCUUGAGAGAAAGCAUAUGGGCUUCAGAAGAGCAGACCUUCCAGCUUGCCAACAUCUUCAUCAACCAUCACAGAAUCGAGAAUGAACUUGCCUUUCUAGAGGAUCUCUUGGAUACGAUAUACAACCAAGUGUCGCCUCCUAGCUGCGAUGUCGAUCCUGCGACAAAUGUGGCGUACGGCGCAUAUAAGGAAUUGCUGCGCACAGGGCAGAGAGUUUCGAAACGGAUUAACUCUAUUGCACAAGCACUCCGCUUAAGGACUGCGGAGUUGGUCAGAAAGGGAGAUGUGGUGCUUAUCAUCGACCAUCUAGACCAGUGCAGUCCAGCGCUACGGGAACUGGUACAGCAACAGUUCAAUAUCCUGCAGGAUGAGGGACUGAAGAUACUUGUCACGUCACGAUUGCCCAGGCAUGAACCAGCAAUCAUCAUUUGGUGCGAUUAUCACCCGCAAGACUCGCCCCUCCAGGUUUUUUGGCGCUGCUCUAAAUGCCAGCAAAAGGAUAUUUGUAUUAAUUGCAAGAGGGAAGACACUCCUUGUCAGCAGUGCGAUUCGGUAGGUACUUGGAAGGCCCCAGAUUAUUACACUCUGACGCUCGAUGGCAUGUCUGACGAUGCCAUGGCAGAGUACCUAGCAUGGGAUCUCGAAAGGGAGCAUGGUGAUCUAGGAUUCAUGACCUUGGAGGAUCCAUCAGAACCUCCGUUAUCGUCGUUCGGGCUCGCCUUUAGCAAUACCAUGCACGGUAACAAAGGUCAUGAUUGGAUACAAAAAAUCGCACGUUAUGUUGACGGAAGUAUUCUGCAAGCAAAGCUUGCCGUUGACAGAAUUCACAGCCUGCCUUCCCCUGAGGCCCUCGAUCUCAUGCCAAAACGUAUACCGAGAAAUAUCCAAGCUCAUUUCAACACCGCGAUCAAAACGAUCAAGCAACAAUCGGCUAACAGCGGUUCGGUAGCUCUCAAGACUAUUGCAGCAGUGGGCAGGAAAGGAGAUGCGGUUCCAGGUUUGCCCCUAUCCCGCCUUGCCAACCUACUGCGAGAGCGAACUCGCAAUCCACGCAUGAGUAUAAUGCCAUCUCGCAGUCCAGAAGAUGUGGUGGAGUCCGCGAAUGGAUAUCUCACGAUCAUUGCCCCGCCAUUUCUCGGUCGAGAAUCCACGAUUGCAGCGUGUCAUCGCCUUUUCUGGUUGUUUGUGAACGAAGAAUACAACGAGGACUUGAUUUGGGCGUAUGCACAAUUGCCGACGUCCAAGGUCCCCAAGUCGCAUACAUUUCAGUCAACGUUACCUCGGCAGUUGUCAGCUUUUCAAUCAUCAAUACCAAGCUCUAGGCGUGAGUCAUCAGAUUCUUUCAUGGAGCUGGGAUUGGUCUUUUCUUCAUCGCCAAUAAUUUCACCGCCGGAAGAGACGGGUCUGGACUUCCAGUAGACAGAGUAGAGUUGUUCAAAAUCUUAUAGAGUAGACGUCAUUGUGAGCUACUGCAGAUACAAAAUGCUUCAAGAUGCAAAGAGGCUUGCUUGAGCAUACACAACACAUGCCUACUUGCCAUCUGGCUACUUGCAAAACAAUACAUCUAUGUCGGAAGUCAAUAGUGUGAUAUACAGCGCUAAUAUGCAUCAAAUUUCU